UGGGCGGGCUGGGGUUGGGGCUGUGGCGGCGGCGGGCCUUCAUGGCGGCGGCCGAGGAGGAAGAGGAGGAGGAGGAGAUGCGACGGCGGUUCAUGGCGCCGCCGGUGAGUGGGCUAAGGGAGCUGCGGCGGCGGCGGCGGGAGCUGGGGAGCCGCAUGGAGCUGCUCAUCAUGGAGACGCAGGCCGAAGUGUGCCGCGCCUUGGCGGCGCUGGACCCCGGCGCCUCCUUCGCCGUGGACACCUGGGAGAGGAAGGAAGGCGGAGGCGGCAUCAGCUGCGUGCUACAGGACGGAGAGGUCUUCGAGAAGGCGGGCGUGAACGUGUCGGUGGUGUUCGGGCAGCUGUCCGAGGAGGCGGCGCGGCAGAUGAGGAGUAGGGGGAAGGCCCUCAAGGCCACCGAGGACGGAAAACUGCCUUUCUGUGCCAUGGGUGUAAGCUCCGUUAUCCAUCCAAAGAAUCCUCAUGUUCCAACCAUGCACUUCAACUACAGAUACUUUGAAAUUGAGGAAGCCGAUGGGACGAAACAGUGGUGGUUUGGUGGUGGAACGGACCUCACUCCGACUUACUUGAAUGAAGAAGAUGCUGUACAUUUUCACAAGACUCUGAAAGAAGUUUGUGACAAGCACGAUCUGAAGCUGUAUCCCAAGUACAAGAAAUGGUGUGAUGACUACUUCUAUAUCAAGCACCGUGAUGAGCGAAGAGGGAUUGGAGGCAUAUUCUUUGAUGACAUGGACUCUCCUUCCAAGGAGGAAGUAUUCCAGUUUGUACAGAGCUGUGCCAAAGCUGUUGUGCCUUCUUACAUUCCCAUUGUGAAGAAGCACUGCCAUGACUCCUACACACCAGAGGAGAAACUAUGGCAGCAGCUUCGGAGAGGACGGUAUGUGGAGUUCAACUUGGUUUAUGACAGAGGUACAAAAUUUGGCCUGCUAACACCAGGAUCAAGAAUUGAAAGUAUUCUUAUGUCUCUGCCACUGACUGCAAGGUGGGAAUACAUGAACACACCCCCAGAGAGCUCAAAGGAAGCUGAAAUUCUGGAGGUUCUCCGCAAUCCCAAAGACUGGGUGCACUGAUGUGGAUUGUGAAGAAGGUGGAUUGCUUAUACUGAGCCAUUACAGAAGAAGAGGAAUGCCUGCAAGCCAGCUCCUCUGAACUGCUGCUGCGUGGUGUCUUAGUAUAGCUACUUAUACUCUUACCUGGUGCCUUAAUGAUGAUGCUGUAGACUUGUAACUUGCAAAUAUGUGAACUCUAAGAGUGAUCAGCUGAUGUUGUCAUCCCUCAUUGAUGUUGCCUUGUGAAGGACUGGUGAAACCCUCCCAGGGCUAGUGUGCAUGCUUAUGAUCUUCUUAAACUGAUUUGUGUGAUUGCAAAGUGUUAAACUACUGUGAAGAAUUCCCCCUGUGGAAUUAAAGCACUAUCUGUGCCUAGAUGGCACUGCUUACUUGAGAAUAAUGUUGGGAUGUUCUAGAAAUAGUUUUUUUUAAGGAAUAAAGUGAAUAUUUGGUAUGAUUUUAAAUCUUUAAA